ACCUGUGAAACUUGCGGAACCAUGGAUCUUUUACAGCCACCGCCGUGCCCGAACGAGCGCAACUCGAUCGUCCAAGUCGAAGAGAGCCUCAGGAGCAAGACCUCUGGCGAUCGACGGAGCUGGGACAAGCUAUCCAUCUACAGGGUCCGCGGCUCCAUCGCCGACCUCAACCGCCAGGCCUAUCAGCCGCAGUUUGUCUCCUUCGGCCCCUACCACCAGGGCGCUGAACACCUCCUCCCCAUGGAGGAACACAAGCGCUGCGCACUUGUCCACUUCCUCAAGCGGUCUAGGAAGCCCCUCAAGCCCUUCCUCGAGUCCCUGGGGGAGGUGGCGCGGGACCUCGAGGAGAGCUACGAUGCGCUGGACCCAAAGUGGAAGGCGGGCAACGGUGAGGAUGUGGCGGUCCGGUUCCUGGAGCUGAUGAUCACCGAUGGCUGCUUCAUGCUCGAGAUCCUGAGGACCGCAACGCAGGUGGUGGAUGACUACGCGCCCAACGACCCCAUCUUCAGCAACCACGGGAAGCUCUACAUAAUGCCGUACAUACGGCGGGAUAUGCUGAUGCUGGAGAAUCAGCUUCCGAUGCUAGUGCUGGAUCGGCUGGUCUCUGUCGAGAGCGACGGCAAAAAGGACGACGAAUUCGUCAACAACCUCAUCCUCAAGUUCUACUCCCCCAGCACGCGCGUCACAAAGAUGGGCAAAUGCCUGCACGUCCUGGACGUCUUCAGGAAGAGCAGGCUGACUGACCACGACGAGAUGGUCAAGAUGGGGCACGGUGGCAGGGAGGAGAUCAUCCGGUCGGCCACCGAGCUCAGCGAGGCCGGGAUCUGGUUCAAGAAGAGCAAGACCGACAGCCUCAAGGACAUCUCCUUCUCCUACGGGGUCCUGAGGCUCCCCGCGAUCGUGGUGGACAACACCACCGAGUCCAUGUUCCUCAACCUCAUAGCAUUCGAGCGCUUCCACGUCGGGGCCGGGAAUGAGGUCACGUCCUAUAUCUUCUUCAUGGACAAUAUCAUCGAUAACGAGCGGGACGUCGCACUGCUCCACGCCCGGGGCAUCAUCCAGAACGCCAUCGGGAGCGACAAGGCGGUUGCCAAGCUGUUCAACUCUCUGUCCAAGGACGUGACCCUCGAGCCCGACAGCACCUUCGACGCCGUGCACAAGCAGGUCAGCAGGCACUGCGAGAAGUUCUGGAUCGUGUGGAUGGCUAAAGCCAAGCAUAGUCUCAGCCGUAUCCGCUCCAGCAAUAUUUAUGUGACAUUGUCUAUCAUUGCUGCCAUCGUCCUUUUCGUGCUCACCAUUAUUCAGACCGUAUAUACCGGGCUCAGCUACUACAAGGAGGAACCGCAUCCCCUGCCAUAA